GUGCCGCAGUAGCAAGCCGGCGUCGAUGCCGCGGGCAGCCACGAUGACGCUGGAACGUCUGCCACGGGAGCUGUGCGGAGUCUUUUUUCGCACCUGAGGCCGGCAGACAUGGUGGUCCUUUCGAUGUGCUCGCGCGGUCGGUGCGACGCACCCCUCGACGACUUGUAUUGGAAGCCGCGCUACUUGGCGGUCUUCCCUCCUCUUCGUCCUUCCCCGUCGGCAUCAUAUCACAUAUGGCAAAACAUGUACAUACAACGGUGGCGAGAGCGACGUCGGGCCCGGCGGAUCGAGGGAGAUACAUGCGCGAUGGGGCUCCGGCUCGGCAAUAUGCUGGGCUCGUACGCCCCCCGCGAAAUGUCCCCUCCUACCACCGCGGCGUCCUGGAUGGCUGAGACGCCCGACGGUGCGAAUGGCCUCUCACGACUUUCGCGAGAGGUGGAGUUGUGGCAGGAGGACGAAGAGGACGACAACUACCUUAUACGGGGACCACCGGGCCCCCGUCAUGGACUGGUGACGGUGAGGGACUCAGGCCACACAUCGAGGCCGAUUCGCUAUUUUGUGGAAGCACAUGCCGAUAUUGGGCCCGACCGCGGCGAGAUGGACGUAUCCCUCAGGCUCUCAGAUGAGAGCGACAUCACUUGCAUCCGCGUGCACACCAGCGAUGGCGUUUUGCACGACCCCGAGCGCCCGGAGGUCGGCCGACGCCGGAUCCGCGUCGGCUCCCCCGUCUCCGAGUUGCUCCAAGCCUACGGGCUCGGCGCCGACGACGUGACAUAUCUCCCCUCCGAUAGAUUUGGGCCCACAUUCGUGCUCCGAGGCGUCCAAGGAUUGAGGUUUGGGGUAGCUGGGGAGAUCGAGUACGACGAGGAUGGAAAUCAUGAGAAGGAUAAACUGCUCGGCGAGCGCCUAGUAUCGAUCGCGGUACACAGGGCGAAUGUGCACGAUGUGCUGCUGUCGAUGCUAGGAGACUAGGUAGAUGGUAGUAUUGUAUACUUGACAACAAGGGGAAAAGGG